UGGGCGUGGCCCAAACCAACGCGUGGGUGCAGAGAGAGAAGGAUCGGGAAAAAGAGCUCAAGUUUAGUGUAGUCAGGGAGAGAACGAGGGAGAGGAAAGACAAGAAAUGGCAUUAAAAAGAAUUAAUAAGGAAUUACAAGAUUUAGGUCGCGAUCCACCAGCCCAAUGUUCUGCUGGUCCUGUUGGGGAUGAUUUGUUUCACUGGCAAGCAACUAUAAUGGGCCCUCCUGAUAGUCCAUAUCAAGGUGGAGUGUUCUUUUUAACGAUACACUUUCCUACAGACUAUCCUUUCAAACCACCAAAGAUAUCAUUCACAACCAAGAUAUAUCAUCCCAACAUUAACAGUAACGGUAGUAUCUGUUUGGAUAUACUAAGAUCACAAUGGAGCCCAGCAUUAACUAUUUCUAAAGUUCUUUUAUCUAUAUGUAGUCUUCUUUGUGAUCCUAAUCCUGAUGAUCCCUUGGUACCUGACAUAGCUCGUAUUUACAAAACUGAUCGCCCAAAGUACUCACAAACAGCUUCAGAGUGGACGAAGAAGUAUGCCAUGUGACAACUGCAUCUUUUAAAGAAGAGAUAUUGCUUCUUUCUUCUUAAUGUGUCUCUCCCUAUCGUGUAACUCUGACUGUUAUAUACUAAUUAUUAUUAUUAUUAUUAUUAAUUAUUAUUAUUAUUAUUAUUAUGCACGCAUGACUUUAUCUCUAAGCAGUUUUAUGAGUAGCAGAGUUAAAAAAAAAGAAAAAUAAUAGAAUGUUAUUUUUGAAUAAAAAUUGUAUGUAUUUAAAACUGUUUUCAGUAUU